CUCCGUGUUCCGCGAGAACGAUCAAGGGGAGAAAAGAAAUGGACGGCAAGACACCACCAGCUGUGCUGACGAUCGCCGGCUCCGAUUCUAGCGGAGGAGCCGGCAUUCAAGCGGAUCUGAAGGCGUUCACCGCCUUUGGGUGCUAUGGCAUGUCCGUAAUCACUGCGCUGACCGCGCAGAACACCACCGGUGUACAGGGGGUGCACCCUUCGCCGCCAGAGUUCGUCGAACAGCAGCUACGCUCUGUAUUGAGCGACGUUCCUGCGCAAGGAAUCAAAACCGGGAUGCUUUUCGACGCGGCCAAUACGCGCGCAGUUGCCCGCACGCUCAAGUCGCACUACGCCAACGCGUCCGACAUACCGCCACUAGUAGUCGAUCCCGUCUGCGUCUCGACCUCGGGACACACUCUGCUCGCUCCAGACGCGGUCCAAGUUCUCAUCGACGAGCUGUGUCCAUUGGCGACGCUCAUAACGCCCAACAAAGCGGAAGGCGAACUGAUGCUCUCCCAAAAAGGCGUCGUGGUCCAGAUCACCUCGCUCGAGGACAUGAUCUCCGCCUCAGAGAAGCUCCUCCACCUCGGCUCAAAGGCGGUACUCCUGAAAGGCGGACACGUCGAGCUGACCCUCGCCGACGUCGAAAGGGUGGCCGCCGGGCGCGCGGACAUCACCGUCGUGCGCGAAGAGUUGCUGCUCGAGAAUAUGGAAAUCCUUAAGGUCCACGGAAAAGACCUCGAGUCACAUUCUUUGGUUGUAGACGUGCUCAAGGAGGCCGAGAGCACUACAUUGUUCGUCAGUCCGCGGAUAGAGUCGACAAGCACGCACGGGACUGGGUGCACGCUCUCUGCGGCGAUCGCUUCCUUACUCGCCAAGGGAUGUUCGCUGGUGGAGGCGACACGCCAGGCCACUUCGUUUACACACGUUGGCAUCGAGACCGCGUUCCCCGUCGGAAAGGGACAUGGGCCGCUCAACCAUCUCCAUGCACUGACUCCACGCAUCAUCCCUCCACCGACGGCGACAAAUCCUCACCCGCUCACGCGCAUUUUGAUCCAAUCGGCUGCCAAGACGUGGAAGGACUACGUUGAGCACGACUUCGUGAAGCAGCUUGCGCAGGGGACACUCCCUCGGCAAUGCUUCCUGCACUUCAUCAAACAAGACUACCUCUACCUAAAAUAUUACGCCCGGGCAUACGGGCUCCUGGUCGCGAAGUCCUCGACGUACAGCUCGAUCGAGUCCGCUACGCAGACGAUCGUCAACGUGAUCAACGAGGUCGCGACGCACAAGGCGUUCUGCGCGCAGUGGGGCAUCAGCGAGGCGGACCUUGCUGCGACGCCUGAGUCGCCCUCGACGACGGCGUAUGGCGCAUACCUUCUCGACACCGGACUCCAAGGCGAUAGUGCCAAGCUGAUCAUGGCGCUUGCCGCGUGCCUACUUGGAUAUGGCGAGGUCGGCCUGUGGCUGAAGAAAGAGGCCGCGAAGCCGGGGAGCUGGGUGAAACUUGAAGGCAACGUCUAUCUCCGGUGGAUCGAGGACUAUUCUGGAGAGCAAUACCAGGGCGCUGUCAAACUGGGGCUCGAAACGAUCGAGGCGCUCGCGAUGGAGGACCCGCCGAAUGCGCACCGCUUCAAGGAGUGGUGUACCGUGUGGGAGAAGUGCACGCGCCUCGAGAGGGGGUUCUGGGACGCGUCACUGAACCUCUUGUGAGGGUAUGAUUUGAAGAGAAGACGAGAUACGGGACAGAUAAGUAUACUACAGGGAUAUUAGAAGUUGGUGUAGAUAGCGAGGGAAAGCAGAGCAGCACGAAAGCGAUGUAUCGGUAGCCACGAGAUAAAUGUCAAGAAUUAGAGGAUUGGGCUGUCCGCAGGGCUAGGAUAUGUCUUCUUCCUUUACGUUGGGCUCUAUCUUGUAGAGGAGUUGGGAAUCCGUAGGAGUCAGGGUCGCUUGCACCACGACUUUUGUGUCCUCUUCGAGCUCGACUUCGAUCUUCGGGCCGGAGGUGGUGGAAGAGACCUUCUUGCUUCUGCUCUUGCUCGUGGAAGCCUUAACCACCUUCCGCGCACUAGGGCAGAGACCGUCGUUCAGUUCGCAUGUGUCGCACUUCGGCCCGACAGGGAGGCAUAUCAUCUGUCCGAACCCGACGAGCAGGUGAUUGAUCUCCGGGUGCAACUCGAGAGGCAGCCAUGAUUGGAGGUUAAGUC